AUGGGCUACGGUUACCCGACACUAUCUCAAGUUCAGCAGAAAUUCACCACCGAAGGCGUGGUGCCUGAUGUUCUUACGUCCUUUAAUCCCACCGGAUUCUUGUAUCUUACGUACACUGGAAGCCUUUCUGAUGGCACAAAAGCCAAGGUUGUCUUACCGGGAACAAGUUUCGCAAGGAACGAUACUUUGAAUACUCCCCAAUUUUCGGUUGAAGGCAUAAAAAAUGGAACGUACCUAAUAGCAAUUGUUGAUCCGGACGCUCCAUCCCGAGCAAAUCCGACGGUCUCGCAAAUUCGACAUAUGUUUGCAACUAAUUUUGUUGUAUCGGCCACUCGUUCGGCUUCGGUGAUACGUAGCAUGGUGCUCCAGAACUCAACAGCCGCUAUAAGCCCAUAUUUCCCACCCAAUCCUCCAGUCGGCUCAGGUGCGCAUCGUUACGUUGCGCUGCUGUAUGCCCAGCCGAGCAACUUCGACACUGCGUCGCUAAAUGCAACUCAGUUUGCUAGAUUCAAUAUUUCGAGUUUUGCGGCGAGUGCGGGUUUAGGAGAUCCUUUAGCUGGGACUUUCCUGACAGUGGAUCAGAAGGCUUGA